GUGUUGGAACAGUGUCACGAGGACGGUUGGCAUCCGGUUGAGUAUUUCUCCCAAAAGGUGCCUCUCGUCAACACUCUCGACGACGCUAGGAAGAAAGAGUUACUCGCGUUCGUCACCGUUCUCAAACGGUGGCGCCACUUUCUUCUCGGKCGGCGGCGUUUUAAAUGGAAUACGGACAACAAUCCGUUGACCUUUUACAAAACGCAAGACACGGUCACUAGCACGAUCGGUCGAUGGAUGUAUUACAUCGACCAGUUCGAUUUUGACCCGUGCCACAUUCCCGGUCCGGCCAAUCGAGCUGCGGACGCCCUCUCACGACGGCCCGACUUUUGCGCCACUGUGACCACGGCAUUCGACCUCGAUGACGAUCUGCAGCCGCAUUUCGUCAAAGGCUACAAGUCCGAUCCGACUUACUCUACACUGUUCGAGGAGCUUUCAUCGGAUCACCCGCCGGUGAGGCACUAUCGGAUUUCCGACGGGUUCCUUCUCCUUCACACGAGAGGAAAGGACUUGUUAGUUGUGCCCCAAGAUCGCAUCUUACGGACUCGUCUUCUCGGCGAAUUCCACGACGCACGACUUUCGGCACACCUUGGCGUGAACCGCACACUARCACGCCUCCGCCAGCGUUUUCACUGGCCCGACGUCCUUCACGACGUCACGAGGUACAUUGAGUCAUGUGCAGUUUGCCACCGUAACAAGGGUCGAUCUCGAGUCCCCUUCGGCGAACUGAAACCGUUGUCGAUCCCUCGGGCACCACGCCUUUCCAUUGCUAUGGACGUGACAGGCCCGUUUCCCCGCGAUUGCCACGGCCAUGACGGUAUUCUCACGGUCGUUGACCGUUUGAGCAAGUAUGCUCGCUUCCUUCCUUGCAAGUAUCAUGCUGCAGCACCUGAGCUCGCACGACUCUUGCACACCGGUUGGAUUACCAACCAGGGUGUUCCAGAAGAUAUAGUGAGCGACCGAGAUACUCGCUUCAUGUCGGCCUUUUGGACUUCUCUCAUGACUGAGUCCAGCACGACAAUGAAGCCGAGCUCGGCUCGGCACCCGCAGACAGAUGGUCAAACGGAGCGAGCGCACCAGACCGCUCAGAUGAUGUUGCGUACGCUCAUCCGUCCCGACCAGAAAGAUUGGGUUGACCGGCUUCCCGACAUCGAGUUCGCCUACAACACUUCGGUGCACCCGGCGAUCUGCGUCACACCAUUCGAGCUACAUCAUGGUGGAGAGAAAGCACGGAUCUUCGCUGAUCUCCGUUUGCCACAGGCUGCCGACAUAGACGUCCCUUGCUCUCCCGCUUCCAUCCGGAAGUACCGGGACUUGCUGAUCAAAGCCCGCRCAAAUAUGCAAAAGGCUCAGAUCCGCAUGCAGCAGCAAGCUAACCGACGUCGACUUCCAUGUCCUUUCCGCGAGGGAGACCUUGUUUGGGUCCUCUCCGAGAAAUUUGCGCUCGAGCAGGACGUUUCGCGCAAACUCCUUCCGAAAUGGUUCGGACCAUGGGAAGUCACUUCUGUCAUUGGAGACGAUCCCGCAGGUCCUUCCUUCGUGAUCAACAUUCCACCACACCUGACAGUGCAUCGGGUCUUCCACGCAUCGAAGCUGGCCAUCUACACGCCACCUUCAAAGGACGAGUUUCCCGGACGUCGAUCACAGGAUCCGCCCUCCAUGGACGGACAUCAGGAAGUGGACCGAGUCAUCACGCACCGCAAGUAUGGCAACAAGCCAAGGCAGUACAAAGUCACAUUCAAGCAAUGUGCGCCUGAUGACACUCGGUGGAUCUCCAGUACAGAUUUGCAGACCUCUGCACCCCUUAUCUUCGCCGACUAUGAGAAGCGACGCCUCGCUAAGGACGCAGCUCGUCCCGCCCGACCCACCCCGGUAUCGGACAGACAACUUCGCCCUCGCAGGUAGCUCGGUCUUUUAAGAGGGGGAGUGUGUUACAUCG